AUGUCUUUCCCAUCCCUACUGGCAAAUAAAACGCCAAGACCGGGCCCUAAAUUUGUCGUAUUAAAGAAUUAAAACACAAAACAAUAAAUAACUGAAUUCUCAAAAUCAAACAGAAAAACUACUACUACAGCGCAUAAAACACACAUCAAGAGUCUCGGACUUCAUAAGCAAUCGGUACUUAGAAAAAGAUAAUAUUAAUAAUACACCACAGGCAUAAAGAACUAUUUCUCAAGAACAAAAAACAGGACAAUUUACAAUGAAUUUCAAGUCUAAUAACGAUUUAUGUGGCAAACCACAUAACCAAUGUACGUUUUAAGUGCUCCAGUUUAACCCAAAGAACACCAUGUCGCACACAAUCCUAUUGGUGCAGCCGGGCGUUCGCCCAGAAACGCGCACCUACUGCGAUUUCGAGAGCGUAAACGAGUGCAUGGAGGGCGUCUGCAAGAUAUACGAGGAGCAUCUGAAGCGGCGCAAUCCGAACACCCCAACUAUCACCUACGACAUUAGCCAAUUGUUCGACUUCAUCGACACUCUGAUGGACAUCAGCUGCAUGGUGUAUCAGAAGAGCACCAACACUUACGCCCCGUACAAUAAAGACUGGAUCAAGGAGAAGAUCUAUGUGCUGCUACGCCAGGCGGCCUUUAGCCCCAAUGCCUAGGAUACCAAAACAAGUAAUAAUAACGUAACUAACCGGCAGUUAAACUAAGAGACACCAUUAACUUAACGGAGGACAAGAGUACACACCACCGUCACCACACCAGCCACAUGAGGAGAAUUGGGGAAAUGGAAAAUGCAACUCCCAGACUCGAACAUGAAACCAAACUACGAUCGAUGAUAUAUCUUGGAUCUGGUGCCGAGGACGAUUAAAUACAAAGAGAAAAUGCAACUGUUUAACUUAGUAAUGGAAACCCUAUUUUACAACUACUAAUAUAAUGUAUAUAUAUACACUCAAUUGA